AUGGAGAUCGUCUUUCUCCGCGUCAUCCUCGCAGAUGAGAGCGGUCUGCUACUGUGUGCAGCAUACAGACCACAGUGGCAAGGAAACGCUCCCCUAAACUACCUCUCUGAGCACCUCGAUGACAUCAUGGCUGCCCAUAACUGCCAACAUGUAGUUAUUGUAGGGGACCUCAACCAACACUUGGUGAUGAGAGCCUUCACAGACCUCACUGUAGUGCAGGGUCUCCACAACCAUGUCAACUUCCCAACACACCAGCGUGGAGGCUCCCUGGAUCCUGUGCUCUCUGAUCUGCCAGAGGCUUGUGUGAUGUGCCGCCCACUGGACCGUGUGGGUAGCUCUGAUCACUAUGCAGUGUUGUCCUCCAUCAAUCUCUCCGCUGCUAGAGAGGAGGAACAACAGCGAGUCAUCUGGUUAUGGGAGCGUGCUGACUGGGAGGCUAUGAAGCGGUCUCUGUCAGCGACUGAUUGGCACACCGUACUGACUGGAGACCCACACCACGAUACCAUCGCCUUUACCACCGUCCUUCUCUCCCUACAACAACAAUUUGUGCCACACAGGGUGUACACAACAAACCCUAAGGACCAACAAUGGUUUGGCUACCAAUGUAGAGUCGCUGCUGACAAUAAAUAUAGAGCGUGGCAACACUACAAGCGACAUCCCACGCAGGUUGAUGCUAAGCAAUGGUGGAACAUGGUGAAGGAGAGACAAGGCAUCUCCCAUCAAGUGCGAAUCCCAGCCCUUACCAAACCUAACGGAGACCUGGCUGUCACCAGUCGUGAAAAGGCUGAUCUCCUUGCCGCAGAGUUCAGCCGGAAAAUGACAACUGAUGACCCCAACAGGCAGCCACCUGCCCUCACCCGUCUUGUGCCUGCAGACCGGGAGUGGCCAUCACUUUGGAAGGAGGCGAGAAUUACACCAGUGCACAAGAAGAGGUCAAGAGCAGAGCCAGGAAAUUACCGACCCAUCUCCCUCCUCUCAGUGGUGAGCAAGAUCUUUGAGAGGAUAAUUGGUGAGCAGAUCAACAAAUACCUUGAGGAGAAUCACCUUCUAUCUCCGAAGCAAUUUGGAUUUAGAAAAGGCCGUUCAACCUCUGAUCUCCUCCUCUUGCUCUCCAAAUCCUGGCAUGAUGCCCUUGAUGCCGGACGCCCCUCCCUGGUGAUCGCCUUAGACAUUGCCGGUGCUUUUGACUCUGUGUGGCAUCAUGCGCUGACUACUAAACUCCAGCAGCUGGGCAUCACCGGGGACCUGCUACAACUGUUCACCAGCUACCUCACGGGACGGAGCCUCCGCGUAGUGGUGAACGGCAGCACCUCGUCCUCCUUUCCAGUGGAGGCUUCUGUACCCCAAGGUUCAGUACUCGGCCCAAUACUAUGGAACAUAUAUUUCAACGAUCUACUGCAGAGUUCUCCCGAAGCGGCUGCUUAUGCAGAUGACUGCACCCUCUCCUGGGCUUACGAGAGGGGAGAAGCCCAGAAUGUGGUGCAGGCAGUCAAUAGGCAGCUACAGGACAUCCUGGCUUGGGGAGAAAGGUGGCAAGUCAAGUUUGCCCCUGAGAAAACCCAGGCCAUGGUGAUCACCCGCUCACAGGGAGAAGCAGACCAACUGCGUGGAAAGUUGCGUCUCGGGCCAGACACCAUCCCUCUGCAGGACACCAUUGAAAUCCUUGGGGUGGAGGUGGAUUCCAGGCUGCAGUUCGACCGUCACCUGGAGAAAGUGGCGCGGAACGCCUCCUCUAAGGUGAACCUACUGCGCCGGAUGAAACACCUCCUCCAUGCUGACGGCCUCCUCACACUCUACAAGGCCCAGCGGCAGCAGGAGGAACAGCAGCGGCACGACCUGAGGGACAGCCUCGAGCACCGCAGGAGAGUUGCCGCCUUGACAGUGCUCCACAAGGCACAAGUGCAGCGCGUACCCCACCUGACGGACUUAGGGGCAACCUGGAGGAGACACGAGGUUGGCACGAGGACGGUGUCGGCCAAUGACCUCCUCCUGGAAGUCCCGAGGUCCCAUAGCUCUACUCACCAGCGUGCCUUUACAUCAGCAGCGGUGGUGUGGUGGAACGAGCUCACUACAGAUGUGGAUGUGAGGGGCCUGUCCACACAGCAAAUUAAGGUAGCAGCCCAUAGGUGGCUGCGUCUACACCCUCCUUAA